UAUGUUGUUGACCGUCGAGUCCCAUGUUACCAACGCCGUUCCAACUUCCAACCGUAUGAACUUUGAAUCCAAACAAGGUUUUUGCUGCUUCUAAGCCAUGUCUUGGUCUUGUUAGUUCCGACGUUGUCUUGAUUUUUUACCUUUCCCCUUGCUACCUCUUUUCCUCCCCCAAUUUUGGGUUCUUUCAUUUUUUCCUCUUUUAAUAUUUCCCGCCUUUUCUUUUCCCUGCUCAAAUUUGUUUGGAUGCUGAGAAAAUGGACCAAAGACUAGGAAGGGAAGCGAGUAAUUAACUUACAAUACACGAGGUUAAUCCAAAUUCCAAAGUUUUCUACAGAGUGAAAGGAGGCUCUUAGGGUUUAAACUUUAAAGUUACAACCUUUCUUUCAUCUCUUGAGGAAAUGCCUUAAAUGCAAUACCCUGCGUGGGACCAGCCUGGUAGCUAAUGAAGCAUCAUCUUAACUGGCAAUGGCGUUUGAAGACUUUGAUCCCAUCUUUUGUGAACCCAAAGUGGAGAGGGCAGCUCACAGUUCUUGUCCUUUGCAUCCCUUUUUGUUCCAUGCCUAUGCUCCUGAUUCUUCUCACCUUGUAAUUCAUGUAACUGAUUUCCACUCUGAUACUUGGGAAGCUCAGCUUUCAGUUUCCCUGCUUGAGGACAUUAGGGACAUCAUUGGAAUAGGCGGCUCUUGGUCAGAGUUUGCUGAUUAUUUUGUAACUUCCCUCAAGUCAGAAUAUCUGAAGCUGGUUCUAGAUGCGAAUUCAAACUCUGAUGGUGUUAGUUCUGCAAAAUUAGUUGCUCAGAAAUCAAAAGGAAUGCCUCUAAUAACCAUUCCUCUUACCAAACUUGUGGACUCCUCUGGUAGUGAAGCUAUGUCAAAUUUGUCCUUGAGCCUCUUUAAGGCAUUCAAAAGCAUCAAGUGUGUAAAAGAGCAAGAGCACUCUGCCCGGUUGAUAGCAGCUGAAAAGGAAAGAAAUGAAACCAUACAACAACAACUGGAACAACGGAAGAAGUUUCAAAAGAUUACCGACUCAGAGAAAGCAGGUGUUUCUAUUAACGGACUGCAAAAUUCUCCAGAUAAGCAAGCAGCUCGGGAUACAGGUUCUACAAAAGUUAAGAAUCGUGCGGUGCCAGCAUAUCGCAGGACCAAAAUAAGAGGGGCCCAAUUGCAUGAUAGUGAAAAUGAGUUAUAACUCACUUUUUAUUCAAACCAGUUGCUCAAUAGGAAGUGAAAAGAUUGUCCUGACUGUAUGUUUACUUCUUUUUCAGUCGAUUCCCUUGUACUAUUGCAUGGUAUGGAAAGCAUAUAUAUUUUACUGGAUACUGGUUAGUGGAGUCAUAUAAAAUUUCAGUGGAAUUCAGUCACUUAUUAACUAUGUAAAUGAAAAUUGUUAG